AUGGAAGAAGAACACAUAAUUAGCGACACAAAAAAAAGUCAAAAAAAGGCACCGUCGAACGCAGAGAUAAUGUCAAGCGCGAAAGUAAUAGCGGGGGCAGCAUUUGGUGGGGGGAAUGAAAAGUGCGAUAAAGCGGAGGUUGCUGAAGCUGCAGCAGAUCUUUUAGGAGCUGCAAUACACUACGGCAAGCUAGAGGAUUGUACCUAUGGGAAAGUUCUGGAUAAGGCUGAAAAUUACCUCCAUAAUUAUGGGACUUCUCACUCCACAACUUCCGCUGUUCAUGGUGGGCCACAACAUGUUCAUUCUUCUGAUGGUGGAUAUGGAGAGUUUGUGAAAAUGGCUCAAGGCUUUAUGAAUAAAGAUGAUGGUCAUGAUCAUGCAGAUCAUGGUCAUGAUGGACAUGGAGGAGGAAAGAAGGAUCAUGAUGGUGUAUUAGAUCAUAAUGGACAUGAGUCACAUGAUCAUGAUGGUCAUUCAAAAUCAAAUAGUGGUGCAACCGGUGGGUAUGGGGAUUACAUUAAGAUAGGUCAAGGAAUUUUAAAGAAAUGA